CAAGGCACGUCGGACGUUAUAGACUCGGCGACGUCGUCGGGACAUUCGGUUACUCAUUCGUGAGCUCGCGCAUCCUCGUUUUUUCGCGCGUUUCCGUGGCGUGUCGGUGUCGGUGGUGUCGUCGUUGGCCCUCGUCGUGCUCGUGCUCGUGCUCGUGCUCGUACAACGAGCGCCCAUACACAAGAGCCCAAAGAACGCCGUGAUAAUAUUGUAACGCAGCCUCCUCGAACUCGCGCCUUUCCAUCAUUGGCAGUGAGGUGACAAUUCAUAACCGGAUAAAUCCGGACAAAUCACUUAAUAAGUGACUAAUCAAGGUACAAGAGCCUAAGGAUAAAACUUCGGGGAAGAUCGAGGCCAGCCCUGAACAAUCGUUUGACCUUGGAGCACGAGGUGACCAGGGUGUCAGUAGGAAAGAAGACUAUACUGGCUGAACAGAGGGAACCCCUGAUCAAAAUUUCAUAUGCCUCGAACAACGGUCAGGUAAAGGGACUCGUUUAUCGGAGAUCGCUGCCGAAUCGGUUCGCGAUGAGCGAGCAAGAUGUGGACGACGUUGCCUUUUUGACAGAAGACAGCAACACUGGAUUGCACAAACGUAGCAUUUACGAGCCCAAUGGAAUCGUUUGCUCACAAAAAAGAGCACUUUGCAUAGCCACCGUCGUUUUCGCGCUACUUUUCGCCAUAUCACUCAUCAUUGCCUUCGCGGGACCACAAAAUGACUGCCCUUGUGCUGGACAAAGGCCGGCCAAUAUGGAAAUCGAAGACGAUGAAGAGAGCAACGAGCCUAUCGCAACUAAUGGGGAGGUGUUCCCAUGGAAUAACGUCAGACUACCUACAUUCGUGCAUCCUACUAGGUAUAACAUUACCAUCCAUCCAAAUCUUACCACCUUAGAAGUUAAAGGACAGGUCACGAUCGAAUUUUACGUCGAUAAAGAGACCAAUUUUAUCGUCUUCCAUAGUAACAACUUGACAAUAAAUGAAAAGAUGGUCCAAGAUCGCAAAGGCCAUAGAUUGAAAAUUGCAAAAUUGCUGGAGUACCCGACGCACCAGCAAUUGUAUCUCCAACUGGAAGAGAGCAAAUUUCGUAAAAGGGGCAAUUACACGGUCCACCUGAGAUUCGUUUCAAAGCUGGCGAGUGAACUGGAGGGUUUUUAUCUCAGCAGUUACGUCACCGCCGAUGGAGAAAAGAGGUACUUGGCAACGACUCAUUUUGAACCCACGUAUGCACGAUCGGCGUUUCCCUGUUUCGACGAACCGCAGUUCAAAGCAAAAUUCAAGGUCUCCAUAUUUAGGGAUAGAUUUCACAUAGCGCUUUGCAACAUGCCUGUUGUCAAUACGGAGGAUGCUGGAUUUUAUAUGGGCACUGGUCUUCUUCGAGAUGACUUUCAACAAUCCGUCGAAAUGUCGACUUAUUUGGUGGCGUUCGUUGUAUGCGAUUUUAAGAGGAUUUCCGAGAUGACAAAGAGAAACAUUUCUGUGAGCGUUUACACAGCAGAAUCGAUGCUUCCUCAAGCGAGAUACGCAGUGGAUAUCGCUGCACGUACAAUGGAUUACUUUGAGUCUUUCUUUGGAGUACAUUAUCCACUGCCUAAACAAGAUUUGAUCGCGAUUCCUGAUUUUGGUGCCGGAGCAAUGGAGAACUGGGGCCUAAUUACUUAUCGAGAAACUGCAAUAUUGUACGAUCCCGAAGAAACAUCGACUGCUACACAUGAAUGGAUUGCCGUUAUUGUUGCCCACGAAUUAGCACACCAAUGGUUCGGUAAUCUCGUUACGAUGAAAUGGUGGAACGACCUUUGGCUGAACGAAGGAGCGGCCAGUUUCUUCGAGUACAAAGGAGUCAAUCACAUUUCGCCGGAAUGGAGUAUGAUGGAUCAGUUCAUUCUUGACAAAACGCAACCUGCCUUAGAUCUUGAUGCACUCGCCAGUAGUCAUCCUAUCAGUAUACAUGUCAACGACCCAAGAGAGAUCGAAGCUAUCUUCGAUACGAUCAGCUACAGCAAAGGUGCCUCGAUUCUCAACAUGCUUGAAGGUUUCCUUUGCGAAGACGUUUUGAGAAGUGGACUAAACGAUUAUCUCAAUAGUCACGCUUAUGGAAAUGCGGACACCAAAGACCUUUGGGGCGUUUUCACUAAACACGCCAAUCGCACGUUUGACGUUAAAGCCAUAAUGGAUACGUGGACUCAACAAAUGGGUUUUCCUCUGAUCACGAUAAUCCGUGAUGGAAAUACCAUCACGGCCAGUCAGAAAAGAUUUCUCGUCUUGCCGAAUGAAAAUGAUACAGAAAUUUCCAAUCAAAAAUCACCUUUCAACUACAAAUGGUACAUUCCUUUGAGUUACUAUACGGACAAGGAACCGCAAAAACUGCACAACGUAUGGAUGAAUUUAACCGACGUGACCUUCGAAAUUACGAGCGACGUCGAGUACAUCAAGUGCAAUAUCAAUCAAAGUGGAUUUUAUCGAGUGACUUAUCCUGAGGACAUGUGGAUGUCAAUCAUCAUGACUU